GACGCAAUCAAUCGCCGUGUCGAUGAGGCAUGAGUAUGACCUUUCACCUUUGGAUGCCACGAACACACAGGCUCCGAUUAUUUGGUUUCUUUCCAAAUGUGAGACUUCGUAGAGAAGGAACAAAAGAUCUCUCUACUUUCACCUCUCAUCGCAGGUUUUACGCUGAAGAUCGAAAAGGCCUAAUGGCCAAGUAUAUGGGGACCAAGAAUCCGAACUUGUUGAGAUUGGUAGAAGAGAGAGCUUUGUCAAAGAAGACAGAGGAAGAUCACAAGAAGGUAAAGGAAACAAUUGUACCUGAUCUUCCUAUAGAUUGCGUCACAAGAAGAAUUCUUCUUCGACUUCCUGUUGAAUCUCUUCAAAGAUGUAAGUGUGUUUGCAAACCAUGGAACAAUGUAAUCAACGAUCGUGUUUUCAUAAACGAUCACAUGCUUCGCUCUGAAUAUGUUUUGAUCUUUCGAGGAUUACUUGUGAAGAAAAGAUCGUCAUCUCAGUCGAGUACAUUAAUCCUGCAACAAAAUCCAAAUACCUUUUCAGUUGAAAAAAGUCUUCUUCAGUCAAAAAAUGCCUCAAUGUUCGGGUUUCCUAUGCUAGACAACGGAAAUAGCUAUGAAAUCCAGUUCAUGGCUUUUAAAGAGGGCGAGAAUUGUGAGAUUGAAAUUGGAGAAUUCCGUGUAAGCUGUAUGGGCGAUAUUAGAGCAACAUGCAAUGGUCUUAUUCUACUUGAUAACGGAGUAAAGAAAGGAGGCCUGAUUGUCAUGAAUCCUGUGACAAAGAAGCUGAUUGAACUUCCUCUAGGUACUUUGUGGGAGAGUCAUAAGGAAUCAUAUGCUUUGGCAAAAUGUAAUGUCACUGGGGACUAUAAGGUGGUUCACUUGUUUCGUGAGAGGUAUGGAAAUGUCAGUUGUGAGAUACUAAACCUUAGAGAUGGAUUCUGGAGACCUGCCGAUGGACCCUCUAUUGGAAACUUUGUUUUCUUAGGCUUCAAACCAGUUUUAGCGAUCGGAGCUUUUCACUGGGUUCCUCAAGUUGAGGAUUGUGAUUUCUUGGUGUCAAUGGAAGUGUCCAAUGAAAAAUUCCACAUUAUACAACUCCCUAAGAUCUGUGGAGCAUAUGACAGGCUUGUGGAGAUGAGCAGCUGCCUUUGUUUUGUCAGCCAUGAAGGUUUGAGCAUUGACAUUUGGAUCUUGAAGGGAUUGCAUGAGAAAAUUUGGACAAAGCAACAUAGUGUUACAAGUGGUUCCAUUCUUGACAUGGUUCCCCUUCUCAGUUUGAGAAACAGUGGAGAGAUGAUUUUCAUGAGGGAUGAAGGUCGCGCAUUCUAUGCUUAUGACUUCAAUAAUAAAGUGAUGAAGAAGAUUGAGAGGGAAAACAAGAGGCUUCCAUGGUCAAAUUCAUACCUCCCCCAUGUCAACUCCCUUUCUUCAUGGGACUGAGUUAUAACUCUCUGCCUCUCUACUGCUCUGCAAAGUGAAGAACAGAAGACGACAUAAAUAUUUUCCAUUUCUGUUACUUUACUGUCAUGUAAUUAGCAAGAGCAUAUGCUUAGUAAAUAGUCAUCAAUCAUAUGCUGCUGAAUUUGGUUUAUUUGUGUAUGUAUUAUGUAUUAAAUAAUCUACUAGCAAUCCUUGGUGACUAUAAUAGACUAAUCAAUUACUGGGUGUCUUUAAUUAUAAGCAUAUAAUUUGGUUCUCCUA